UUUGUCUCCCCCUUGUCGAGUUCUCGCAAAGCCAAAACAUGUCUUCUGGAUCGCCUGUAUCACUUCCGCCAUGCGCGCAAAACCAAUCAUACAUGGACGUCUCGGCUCUCGAUGGCGGACGACUCGCUUUACCUGCUUGGCUAAUCCUUGGGGGCAUCCCCAAAGGCUCAAGCGAGCGCAUCGAUAUGCCAUCGAUCUCUUUCCUCCUGCGUCACUCUGCGUCCGGAAGGAGGGUCGUGUAUGAUCUCGGCAUCCCCAGACGCGAGGACCUCUCGACGUUGCCAGGUUUCGAGGCUUUCAACAAGGCGCUUUCCAGCGACGAAGAUGAGCCCUGCCUACUUCGGCACCAUACAUUCCCGGGUGAUGGAUGUGUUGAGGAUUCACUUAUUAAGGGAGGGGUGCUGCCGGAAGAAGUGGAUGUCGUUAUUAUUAGUCAUUUACAUUGGGAUCAUAUCGGAGACGCACGUCCGUUCACGAAGGCCGAUUUCAUCCUUGGCGCUGAGGCUAAGGGUACUAUAGCUGGAGAGGAUCUGCAGACACGGAAACCCAUUGUCGUUCCCAUUUCUGCGCCCGCAGAACGCAUGCACUUCAUCACCGAAUGGGAAACCUCCAUCGGCGGCUUGAGAGUACACGAUUUCUUCGGGGACGGGAGCAUGUAUGUUCUUGAUACGCCCGGCCAUCUGCCCGGGCAUGUCGCAGUCCUAGCACGCACAUCUCCGGAUGGCGCUUGGAUCCUUCUAGUAGGUGACACCGUACACCAUAGAAGCAUUCUUAAUGGCGAGCGAGACUUCGCGUCCCACGAUGAUGGUCAUGGCGGCAUAAUGUGCGCCCACGUGGAUCCUGAGCUAACGCGCGAUACGAUGCGGAAGCUCAAGGCGUUGGAGGACAUGCCGAGGGUCCAACUGCUACUCGCACACGAAGACAUUGAUAAGGAUGUAUUUCUCCCCGGAAAGUUUGUGCCCCUUGCGUAG